AUUUUUAAAUGGUGAAAGUUUACCGCAUCUGAGUCGACGCUUGAGGGCGCCCUAUAAUUUACAUUGACAACGGAAUUUGCAGACGACGGUUCGAUCAUUUUGUGCGCUUGCGAGUGUACUUGUGCGGCGAGAGAUUCACCAUGAUUCGUCGAGACAGUCCUUCAAGGGCUGUGGCCCUCGAUCUCAUGCUAAGAACCUUCAUGAACUCAUCGGACUUCAACAAUAUGCAGAGCAAGAACUGGGAGGCUAUCGCUAAACUCAUCCCUGGCACUACACCACAAGAGUGUGCGAAAAGAUUCCAAGAACUCCAAUCAGCGGCCGGUGACUUGUCCCCCGUCGGUGAUUUCACCGGUCUCGCUGCGCGAGGCAAGCCAGCACCUCGAGGGCGCCCUGGCAGCGCGACAUCCAAGUAUCAGCGGCCCCCGUCAACGAGUACUACCGAGGAGAAACGCGAGGAGCAGCGACAGGGAAGGAAAGAGGUUCAACAGGAAUUCGCUAAUAAUAAUUCCCAUCAGGAUCCUGAUGACUCUAGUGAUAAAAAAAGACAUCAAGAGCCUGAUAAAGAUAAAAAGAAACUUGGACCAGAUUCAUAUGGACCCAAUAUGGUCAUACAUGUCUGCGAUGAGGCCAAAAAUGUCAAGAAGGAUUUCACCUGUCCUCGUGACCUUCUAGUCACAGAGAUGCGAUAUUUCGCGGAGUAUCUCUCCAGUGACACGCAACGUUGGGAGGAGGUGGAUAUAUCCGUCCACUGUGAUGUACAGAUCUUUGAUUGGUUGAUGUGUUACGUCAAACGCAACUGCCCAGGAUCGCAGACUAGACUGGCUCCUAACCUUGAUGCAAGCAAUGUGAUAUCAAUCCUGAUAUCUUCUGAUUUCUUGAAAAUGGAUUCCUUGGUAAAUGAGUGCAUCAAUUUCUGUCACAAGAAAAUGUCUGCCAUUGUAGCCACACCUUGCAACAUGAACUGCAUCAACGAUAAACUAAGCACAAGAAUUGCUGAUUUGUUCACCGAUCUGGAAGUUGAUGAAGUCAAAGAUAGGAAAGAUAAAUUCAAAAGCAAGUUGUUUUGCAAGAAAAUAGAAGGAAUGUUUGAAGCCAGUAAACCCGCUGCGACUUUGUACAGAUGUCAACACUGUAAGCGUCUUCUGACAAAGGAACUACAGUCAAAACUGAAGUGUAUACCAACUAGGAUGAGUAUUGACAGACAAGGCAAUGUGGUCUAUCACCACCAGAGGGAUCCUUCAUGGGACAUCAACGACUACCUCCUGGCCAUCCGUUCAGAGCUCAAGUCUUGGCGAGAGGUCUACUGGCGCCUCUGGGCCACCGUAAACUCUCUCCCAUGUUCCCGCUGCAAGCUGGUCUUCCCAUGUAGUGAGCUCGGUCACUGCCGAUUCCACCCAGAACCGCCCAAGUUUGAUAAUUCUGGGGCUGCGUCUUCGACUGCUACCGGAACGUACGGAUGCUGCCAACAGAAAACGUUGAGAUUCGAUCCACUCAAUCAGAAUACAGGUUGUCAAGUAAGAGACCACAUUGUGAUGAUCCCCACUCAAGAGAAGUCACCAGAAGUGGGCGGGGCUUCCAAUCAUCAAGUCAAGGGGGGCAAGGACAAUGCACAGACACUAGACAUCCUGCUAGAACGUAAAGACUUCAUGUGCAUCCCUCCAAAAUCACCAGAGCAAGAAAAAUGGCACGACAUCAACAUCUUCCGCAGUGAAGAAGCCUCGUGCGGAUUGGCUGAAGAUGGCAUCGGGAUCAAAGGUCAACUGCAGAAUAUCUUCCCUGACGACCACGUGCCUCUCAGCAACCACUCUGAUGGAAGGCAUCGAGAUGUUGACUCCUCAUCGGAUUUUGAUUCGAGUGACGAUGAAGUUGGCGACGAAGAACUCAGAGUUUCAUCGAAACAUCGGCACAAGCAUCUAGUCCGCAAGAUGUCCAGCAAGUCAUCUGUCAGUAAAGAAAAACACAACUCACUGAUGUCGGUAGACAGUGCUGCGUCAAACAUAUGUUACAGGACAAAAUGGGAUCCCCAUCGAUCGCUGCGAUUUAAUCAAGAUAACCAGAGAGAAGAAGAUCACAAACGCAAUCAGCUGAUGGUGAACCAUCUAGCCAAGUUGAGAACGAGUACCGGGGAACGACACGAGAAGACAAAAAUCAAGGAGUAUGCUGGAGGAUUGUUCAGUCGUCUGGAUGCACAAUUCAAAGCUUCCUCACAGUUCUCCAAACCAGCGACAACGCAGGUCACGUUACAGAGAGCAAAAACCAGGGCGAAUCAACUGCGAACAACUUGAAAAAUGACAGCAAAUUACAGCAAUAAUGAAGUUCUAGAAGCUAGUCAAGAAAAGAGGGACAACUUAGGUUGUAAAUUAAUACUCCCAAGAUAAGAUUUAAAAAAACUGUAAAUACUUGAAUUUUAAGUUAAAAUUUCUUCUGUCUUGUGUUAAUUUAUGGUAUAAUUUUUGUUUUAACAUAUUUGAUUAGGUUUUUAAGCUGUUUUAUUAGAAACACUUACCGGCAAUAAUUAUUGCAAUUUUUUUUUAAAAAUAUUUUUGAAUAAAAUAAGUCUCGAAAUCUAUUUGUUGACAUCAUUUGUUGAGUAACAUCAGAAAGCACUUCAACAGAAAAGCCUUGCAUUUUAUUCAAAUGACUAGAAGACUUUAUACAAUUUUAACAUUUUAGUUACUUCUAAGGAAUCAACUGAACAGAAAUUUACAAAGACAGCAUUGAAUUACAUUUUAAUUAAUGUUUUUAUAAA